AUGUCGACUGAUCGAGGUCUCGAGAUUUCAGCUGCCUUCCCUUAUGAGAAGAAGAAGGUGCGCGUUUUAGGAAACCAAAUGGCCUAUGUCGACGUGGGCACCACUUCAGAAUCCACUGUCGUCUUCUUGCAUGGCAACCCAACAUCCUCCUAUCUUUGGCGCAACGUCUUUCCUCAUGUAGCGAAGAAGAGCCGCUGUAUCAUACCGGAUCUUAUCGGCUUUGGAGACUCCGACAAGGUUCCUGAGCUGGAAUACAGAGUCCGCGACCACCAGCGCUAUAUCGAUGCUUUUCUCGAUGCCGUUUUGCCAACAGAGCGCAUUACUCUCGUCAUCCACGACUGGGGCUCUGCUCUCGGCUUUGACUGGGCCAGCCGCCACGAAGAUCGCGUCGCAGGCAUCGCAUUUAUGGAGUGGAUUCCAGCCCUUGGUGGUGGCUGGGACGCUCGUCCCCCUCAAUUCAGAGCGACCUUUGAACCCCUCCGCACACCUGAGCUCGGUCGAAAGAUGAUCGUCGAGGAUAAUUUCUUUGUCGAAACUGUUCUGCCUAGGGGUGUCUUUCGAGCCUUGACGGAAGAGGAAAUGACCGAGUAUCGUCGACCAUUUCUGAUUCCUGCAGACCGUGAGCCCACUUGGAGGUUCCCCAACGAGAUCCCAAUUGAUGGACAUCCAGAAGAAGUGUGGGACAAGGCUCAAAAGUACAUGAAAUGGCUUGAGGGAUCAGACUUGCCAAAGCUGUUCUUCUGGGUGAAGCCCGGAGCCAUCAUCAGGGAGGAGCACUUCAAGACGUUGAGCGAGAAGAUAAAGAAUGUCAAAACUGUCUAUCUUGGGCCUGGAAGCCAUUAUGUGCAAGAAGAUUAUCCCCAUAGCAUUGGACAAGAAGUUUCGGAGUGGAUGGCAGAACUGAAGCUUUGA